UUUCCAUCAUGCACAUUGUGGAUUAGUUAAGGUGUGCGUGGCUUCUUACUCUGUAGGUUAAGUUUGGUCUGAAAGCAAAUUUUUACUGCAAGCAUGAGUGCCGGAGGAACUCCUUACAUUGGCAGUAAAAUAAGUUUAAUAUCCAAGGCACAGAUUCGUUAUGAGGGCAUUUUGUCUUCUGUGGACACAGACAGGUCCACAGUUGCUUUAGCAAAAGUUAAAUCUUACGGCACUGAAGACCGGCACACGGAUAGACCAGUGCCACCCAAAGAUGAAGUUUAUGAAUUCAUAAUCUUCAGGGGAAGUGACAUAAAAGAUAUUACUGUGUCUGAGCCACCAAAACCACACCAUGGACUUCCUCGGGACCCUGCUAUUGUUCAGUCAUCAAUUGGCAGCUCCUCUGCAAUGUAUCACCCACGCUGGAGUCCUUACAGAGACAUGAUGCCCACCUACAAUCAGCUGGCUGCUAGCUCUCUACUCAACCAGCAGUACAGUGCAGCACUGGGACUAGGACUUUCAGGCCAAGCCAGAAGAGCCCCUAUGGUUGAACAGGCUGUCCAGACCAUGCCUUUGGCCAGUGCUGCACAGAAAAAGGGAAAGACUACAACCCAGCCACAGAACAAACCACUGGUGCGUCCAGUUCAGCGGUCUGGACAGGCUGGUGCCCAGGUUCAAAAAGAGAAUAUACCCACCAGCCAGGCACCAUCUCAGCCAAGUGCUGCCUCAGCUGAAGGCCAAAAUACUGGAAACCAGAAACAAAGGCAGAGACAAGGCAGCCGCAGGUCCAGGAACAGAAGUAGAGGCCAACUAAUAGUGAAAAACACAAAGGCUUCAACUUUGGCAUUUGAGUCAGAUUUUGAUUUUGAAAGUGCAAAUGCUCAGUUUAAAGAUGAUCUUACGAAGGAAAAUGUGGUUGAGGAGUCUUGGGAAACCCAGGACAGCCCUCCUGAACAGGAGGAGGAACCUCUCAGAGAUAAGUACUAUGACAAAGCAAAGUGUUUCUUUGAUAACAUCUCAUCAGACCUCAAGCCCAGGAGGACCACCUGGGCCGAGGAGAAAAAGUUGAACAUGGAAACAUUUGGAGUUCCUGGUCGCUUCCUGAGAGGCAGAGGAUUCAGGGGGCGUGGACGCAGAGUGCUGAACGCCACUGAGCAGCGAGCGCUUCCAAAAGUUGGUAGUGGCAGAGUGUGAA